UUUGCAAUAUUGCCCAUGCUGUUGAGCAGAAGAUGAGGAAGUGGGAGGAGGAGAUUGCAGCAGAGGCAAUGGGGCAAAGGUUGAACGUGGAAGGACUGCUUGUGUACUUCCCAUAUGAUUAUAUCUACCCUGAGCAGUAUUCCUAUAUGGUGGAACUCAAGCGAGCACUGGAUGCAAAAGGUCAUUGUUUGCUGGAGAUGCCUUCAGGGACAGGAAAGACUGUCUCUCUUCUCUCCCUUAUUGUGGCAUACAUCAAAACAAAUCCUACAGAUCUGACCAAGCUAAUCUACUGCUCUCGAACUGUCCCUGAAAUUGAAAAAGCUCUUGAGGAAUUGAGGAAGCUUGUGGAGUUUUAUGCUCAAGAGACUGGAGAGAAUCCUAACAUUAUUGGACUAGCUCUGAGCUCCAGGAAAAAUCUCUGCAUUCAUCCUGAGGUGAGUAAAGAGAGAGAUGGAAAAGUAGUGGAUGGACGAUGUCACAGUAUGACAGCAUCAUAUGUGCGGGCUAAGCAAAAGGAUGAUGAAAAUAUAGCAUUAUGCUCCUUCUAUGAAGACUGGGAUGGACAUGGGAAGGAGAUCAUGCUGCCCUAUGGCAUAUACAACUUGGAUGAUCUCAAGGAGUAUGGAAGGAAAAAAGGAUGGUGCCCUUACUUUGUGGCCCGUAAAGCUAUUUCUUAUGCCAGCAUAGUCGUGUACAGCUAUCACUACCUCCUUGAUCCAAAAAUAGCAGAACUAGUAUCCAAAGAAAUGUCUCGGUCUUCAGUUGUUGUCUUUGAUGAAGCACAUAACAUUGACAAUGUGUGCAUUGAUUCCAUGAGUGUAAACAUAACGAGGAGGUUGCUUGACAAGUGUCAAAAUUGCAUCCAAGUCUUGGAGAGAACAAUCAAUAAUAUCAAGGAGACAGAUUCAGUUCGACUGAGAGAAGAGUACCAGAGACUUGUUGAAGGACUCAGGGGUGCAAGUAUUGCUCGGGAAGCUGAUGUCUUACUUGCCAAUCCUGUCUUUCCAGAUGAAAUCCUUCAAGAGGCUGUCCCAGGGAAUAUCAGAAAUGCAGAACAUUUCAUGGUCUUCAUCAAAAGAUUUGUUGAGUACCUGAAGAUGCGCUUGAGAGUGCAACAUGUGGUACAGGAGAGCCCUGCAGGCUUUCUCAAAGACUGUGCUCAGAGAGUCUGCAUUGAAAGAAAACCCCUUCGGUUUUGUGCCGAACGGCUUGCAUCCCUACUGAGAACAUUGGAAAUUGCAGAUCUCUCUGACUUUUCACCCCUCACCCUGAUCUCACAUUUUGCAACAUUAGUUUCAACAUACACCAAAGGCUUCUCCCUCAUCAUUGAGCCUUAUGACGAGAAAACCCCCACUGUUCUCAAUCCUAUCCUCCAUUUCAGCUGCAUGGAUGCCUCCAUAGCCAUCAAACCAGUGUUUGAUCGGUUCCAAUCAGUGGUGAUAACAUCUGGGACAUUGUCUCCAUUGGACAUGUACCCAAAAAUCUUGGAUUUUCACCCAGUCAUUAUGUCUUCCUUCACGAUGACUCUUGCCAGACAGUGCAUUCUUCCAAUGAUUGUGGCAAGAGGGAACGAUCAGGUGGCCAUUUCAUCACGAUUCGAAACUCGUGAUGACAUUGCUGUGAUUCGAAAUUAUGGAAAUCUCUUAGUGGACAUAGUAAGUGUUGUACCUGAUGGUGUGGUUUGCUUCUUCACUUCAUACCUUUACAUGGAGCAAGUUGUUGCAUCCUGGUAUGACCAGGAGAUAAUUCAGAGCAUCCAAAAGCGAAAGCUUCUCUUCAUUGAGACUCAAGAUGCAGCUGAGACCAGCCUUGCCCUCCUUAAUUACAUAAAGGCAAGAAAUAUGAGAUGUUCAAUUACCUUGGGCAAAGUGUCUGAAGGUGUAGAUUUUGAUCAUCACCUUGGCAGGGCUGUGAUAAUGAUGGGAAUUCCAUAUGUCUACACCCAGAGUCGUAUCCUCAGAGCUCGCUUGGAGUAUCUUAGGGAUCAGUUUCAGAUCAGGGAGAAUGAUUUUCUGACCUUUGAUGCAAUGAGACAUGCAGCACAAUGUGUUGGUCGAGUAUUGAGGGGGAAGACUGACUAUGGAAUCAUGGUAUUUGCUGACAAAAGAUUUGCAAGAGUGGACAAAAAAGGUAAACUGCCAAGAUGGAUUCAAGAGCAUCUAAAAGAUUCCAUGUGCAACCUGUCAACAGAAGAGGCUGUUCAGAUUUGCAAGAGGUGGUUGAGACAGAUGGCUCAGCCGUUCACACGGGAGGACCAGCUUGGUGUAUCUCUUCUCACAUUAGAGCAACUACAAAGUGAAGAACAGCAAAAACGAAUCCAGCAGAGAGCUCAACAGGCA